AACCGUAUAUUCAGUACCGGGGUUGGGCUAUGGCAAACGACAUAGCAUAGUAAGGGAAAACACACUUUUGUCUUGCUAAAACAUUUAUUGAGAAAAGGAUAGAGAGAAGGAUAAAAGUAUCGUGUCGUUGAUUAUCAGGAAUCAAAAUGGCGAGACUGCUGGUGCUGAUGGUAUUGUUUGUGUCAUCUGCUCGGGCCGAGGAUUUGGGCGCCGAGACGUGUGAUUCCACCAAGUCGUCCACAAAUGUCUUCCCAACCAACGCCAACGCGGUGAUUGGCGGACUCUUCGGGAUGAGACAACCAGGGACGGAUGGAUAUGCCUGUGGCCUACCAAAAAUCAAUACGAUGCAGAUGUACGAGGCAGCCCGGUGGGCGAUCAGUAACAUCAACAAUGGACAGAGACGUCUACCUAGCAUCACCUUGGGUAUGAAAGCCUAUGACACAUGUUUUGCGAUGACACGGGGCGUGACCGACUUCUACCCACGAUCCGUCUCACCCGAGGGAUUUUGUAGUCCCGUCAGUCCACAACAAAUUACUUUAGGUUUCCUUGGUCCUGUCAGCAGCUGGACGUCCAAGACGGUUGGCACUGUCAUCAAAUCAUUCGCUGCUUCCGCUGUGUCGCCACGUGCGGCCUCUACGGAGCUGAGUAACAAAGCCAUGUACCCCACGUUCCUGAGGACCAGUCCCCACACAGCGCUCUUCGCCAGGGUGGUCGUUGAGAUUCUGAAAAAACUACAAUGGCAGAGGAUCGUGUUGGUUUACGUUGACAAUGAGUAUGGCAGAGCCUUCUUCGACGAUCUGGCACAACUGGCAUUUGAUGACAAGAAAUGUGUUGUCCGUGCACUGGCAGUGAAGAAUGGAGAAUCCGUUGAUUACUACAAAGAGAAGUUUUCCACUCUUGCUAAAUCUGAUGUCAAGGGUGGAAUCAUCUGGGGCGUAUCAUUCACGCUGGAUGCAGUGCUACGAGCCUUAGACUCGGUUAUUGACACAAAACCAACCGUGGGAGAAAUACAGUGGAUCUUCAGCGACCUCUCUCUGCAAGAGACGUAUGAUCAGCGAAAAGUUACAAAAGGCGCUCUGCUGGUUCGGCCUGCGACCACUUUGAUAUCUGAAUUUAGAGAUUAUUUUGUCAACAUGGAACACAAUGUCGCUGCCCAGGCCUCAGAAAACCCGUGGUACAGAGAGUGGUACAUGUUGGCAAAUAAGUGCAAAUUGAGUGGAGUAACUAGCAAACCGUAUACUGACUUUUUAAACAACUGCAAUUUCAUACCAAAAGGAGACUUGACCAAAUUCGUCCAGUCUCCCUAUGUUGAUACAACAAUCAAGGCAGUUUACGUGUUUGCCGAAGCACUGCGCAAGGCGAGUGAGUUUAAAUGUGCGGGACAAGCAUCAUUCUGUGCCAACCUUAGAAACAUGGAUCCGCUAGAGUUUCACAACUCGUAUUUGAAGCAGGUGCGCUACACAUUCCAGGCGUCAGACGGGAUAGCCAGCCUAGUAGGGCAGACAGUCCAGUUUGACGGCAAUGGGGAUCCUCCAGAAUCCAAGCUUACAGUCUGGCAGUAUAAAAACAACCGAAUGCAACAGGUCGGUCAGUUUGAGAACAGUGUGCUGAAUAUGAACACAACUGACUUGCAGUUUUACAACUCGAGACGAGACAGCCCUCUGAGCCAGGUACCAACAUCUCUGUGCAUCGACAACACCUGCAUCGAUUGCAUUGUCCCAAACAACCCUGCCAAGAUCGUGCAGAUUCCCGGGGACAUUCUUCUUGGUAGUCUUACCCACCUGCGUGAAGAAGGUCACGAACCGUUUACCUGUGGCAAGGCUGAUACGGUUUCUCUUCAGAAUCUGGUGGCCAUCAAAUACGCACUCAGCAGGUAUUCUGAUGUUCUUCCUGCGAACACUCUAAAAAAUAUCAAACUUGGAGGACUUUUUAUUGGCGUCUGCAGCAGUACUGAUUUUGCUUCAUCUUUCCUCAUCAACCUGCUUAGCGGAGACCGCCUCUACCAAGAUUCUUUAAACAGAUACGUUGACCCGCAUAAGAUCAAAAUGUUCGUUGGAGCUUCAUUCUCAAGGAUGGUGAAGCAGACGGAUAUGAUUACCUCCAGCUUCAGAAUUCCAGAACUAGACUCGAGUGCCACCUCAGUUGCGCUUGCUAACAGAAAGUUAUACCCCUACUUCAGCCGGGCAGUUCCGUCUGACAAUGUGCAGGUGGCAGCAAUUAUGAGUUUCAUGAAAAAGAUGGGUUGGAAAUAUAUCCAGCUUGUAGUUCGUGAUGAUAUUUAUGGCGAACAGGCAACGCACGACAUGCAAGAGCACGCCAAACAAGCACAUAUAUGCAUUGCAUCAGUUCUCAAGUUUGGUAUGACAGGCGAACAGCUAGUCACUAAACUCUAUAACAAUUGGAAAGCGAAAAUCAUUGUUGUAUUUGGUUACAACUCUGACAUUAGAGUUCUCCUAAAAGGAUUGAGAGACAUGGCUGCUAAGAACGACUUCUUUCUGAUUGGGGCUGACCCAUGGGGAACACAACAGACCGUGAUACAGGGCUAUGAGAAUGAAGCAGCUGGCAAUGUCAUUUUUACAUUGGAGUCACCACAAAACCAGGGAUUUCGCAAAUACCUUGAUGAAACCUUUAACAGUCUUGAAAACAUACAGAAAGAUCCUAUAUUUUCAGACUGGUAUGAGGCUGAAUUUCAAUGCUAUAUGAAUGCUGGAACGAAAAAGAACUAUCAAAAGCCAUGUGAUCCUCCAGGGUUGUCAGUGUCUUCUAAAAUGUGGAUCUCUCAAUACACACCAGCACUGAUUUCAUCUGUAUAUACAUCGGCAUAUGCACUCCAUCAAACCCUUGUGGACGUCUGUGGCAGUGGCUAUACUAGUCUUUGUAACAAGGCACGUGUGUCACCAGAAUUCAGUGAGAAACUCCUUAACUACAUAAGAAAUAUAAAACUGAACUAUGUCGAGGAAGGGAGUCCUUAUUCCUUUGAGAUUAAAGAUGGUGAAGGAACACAGAACUUCAACAUUUACAAGAUUGAAAAUGGUCAAUAUUCAAAGGUUGGCACAUACAACACAAAAACUAUGUUCAUAAGCUCUGACUUGAAUUCCAACUCUGUCCAGAAGAGCAGUUACCUUGCUAAUUCAACCUGUACCGGUAUGUGUUAUCACUGUUACAUGUACCAGACACAGCCCAGAAUGUUCAUCCCUGGAGAUUUUAUUAUUGGUGCUUUAUUUGGCAUUUCUACUCCUGGAGGUGUUGGACCAUUUGAAUGUGGAAGUGAUACAACCACUAACGGUUUUCAAUACAGUGCUGCAAUGCAGUAUGCCCUAUCAACAGUCAAUUCUGGCAAAGCUCCUGUAAAGCUGAAUGGUCUUAGCAUUGGUGGUUUCAUUGAAGACCACUGCAGCAAUCCACGGCGAACCUAUAGUCUUUUGAAUGCUUUCUAUUCCGGACUGGUUAAAAAAACGAUGAUGAUGCAGGGUGUUGACACUAAUAAGUUGGUUCCAAGGAAUGUUGCUGCAUGGUUGACGGACAUGACUAACAGUUCUGCAGAAGCGUCAAGCUUUUUGCAGCAGUUUAAUAUUCCAGUUGUCAGUCCUUCUGCCACAUCCAGAUCCCUGAAAACCAACCCUACCUUUUACAGAGCCAUUCAGGGUGAAGAUACCAUUGCUAUGGGAAUUGUCAAACUGGCCAAAGCCCUUAAUUUUCCAUACAUACAUUCUGUCUAUGGACAGGAUUAUGAAAGUGGUGUGAAGUACCUAGAAGCAGCAGCCCAACAAGAAGGUAUAUGUGUUAUCCAAACACAUGUCAUUUCAGAGAAAUACAACAUUUCUGAAAUCGUAAAAGCGAUAAACACCAGCACUUCACAUGUCACAGUUUUAUAUCUAAGUCAGCAGGACAUGGAUACAUUUAUCGAAGCCAAGAGAACUGCAAAAGCUGAUAAACUGGUCUUAAUUUCACCCAAUCCCUUUGCAUCUGUGAUGGCUGGUGCAGGUAAUGCUGGAAAGAACAUGCUGGCAAUGAAGCUUAGAGCUCCACCUACUGCCAUGUCUGGCUAUCUGGCAUACAUCAACAACAUGAAACCAGCAGACAAUAAAUAUUUCGCUAAAUAUUACAUGAAAAUAUUCAAGUGUAAUCUUCCUGGUCAUUACAAUUAUAGACUGGCAUGUGGAACAAACCUUCAGGAUUUUUCAGCCGACCAAGUAAGCAACUUCGCAUUACCAACAAUAAAUGCAGUGUAUGCAGUUGUUGAUGCUCUGGACAAGACGCUCAGACAGUUUUGUGGAGAUUCGUAUGAUGGUCUUUGCACAGACUUUCAGAAUGCCAAUGAUGUGGAAACUGUGCUACUGCAGAACAUGAACCGAGUUUCCUUUGUAGAUCUAGCUUCAAAUACCUUUCAGUUCCGUGACCGCGAGGGCAACGCAGAUUAUGACAUCAUUAGAUAUACUGGCAGCCAAUACCAGACGGUUGGCAGCUAUGCUGGUGCAACUAUACAGAUCAUCAAUGAGAACAUUGGUGACCACUACAGGGUGGUCCAGUCUAGCUGCAGUGGAGGCUGCCUUCAGUGUAUCCAACAAGGACUUAACUUUACCUAUAUUCCUGGCGAUAUCCUCAUAGGAGGUUUGUUUGAUGUACAUCAAAAAAGCUUCAACCCAUUCACAUGUGGCAACAUCAAGACAUUGCACGGGUUCCAGCUGCUGGAGGCCUUCAACUAUGCUCUUGACCAAGUAAACAACAAGGAGGGAAUGUUUAAGAACAUCUUAAAAGGCAUUAGACUUGGUGGAGUUGGGCUUGACACAUGCGAAAGUGCCAUCAGAACUGGGUAUUUGGUGUCAAAUGUCCACAACAAACUAACCACCCUGGUACGCAGUGGAGACACGAUUGACCCCGAUGAUAUCGAUGUCUACAUUGGAUCAUAUUCCAGUGAUCAGUCCAUAUAUUUAGCACGGAUUUUGAAGGAUCUGGAAAUCCCACAAAUUAGUUAUGCAUCUACAUCCACUCAGUUGAAAGAUCAGUUCAGAUACCCAUACUUCUUUAGAACAGUUCCAGCUGAUGAUCACCAAGCACGUGCUAUGGUGAACUUCUUGGACAAGUUCAAUCUGCGCUAUGUGCAGGUAGUUUACACACUCACAAAUUAUGGCGAGUUUGCUGCAAAAGCAUUCAAAAGACUUGCACCUGAAUAUAGAAUUUGUGUCGCACAGAUGGUUCUCUUUCCAGACAAUGGAACCGUGUCUAAAGAAAGUAGUAAUGACGUCAUUACUGGGCUGAUGCAGAAACCUUUGGCAAACACCAUUGUGGUUUUUGCUGGUACCAAUUAUAUCAAUGCUUUCCUCAAGGCUGUGGAGAGAAAUGAAAAUGCCAAGGGAAAGUUCCGAUUCCUUGGUUCCGAAACGUGGGCUAAUAACGAAGAUGCUUUCACUGGAGUGGAAAAGACUGCUUUGGGGUCUGUCACAUUGAACAUUCAGACUAAAAACAUUAAUGACUUUGACUUGUAUUUAGAAAGCAAAAGUCCAGCCAAUGCGCAAGAUAACCCAUGGUUCAAUGAAUAUUACGAAGCCAUUCACAACUGUUACUUGACGAAGUCUGAUGGCCGUUACACAAAGCAGUGUCAAACAGAGCCAGAGAAACUGUCGACGAGCAUUCACUACAAACAGGAUUCCGGCAUCCUGCAUGUCAUCAACAGCGUCUAUUCUGCAGCUUUUGCUGUUGACAAGGCCGUCAAGGAGGUGUGUGGAGAGAACUAUGUAACGAUAUGUGAGACAUACAAGAAGAAGUCUGAUCGCCGAAGCCUGGUGCUCCAACAGUUGCAGAAUGUCUCCUUUGUAGAUCCUACACACGAGCAGUUCAGCUUCUCCAACCUGAUGGACCCUGUUGAAGAUAAAUUUCAGUACAGCCGAGAGGGAAGCAAGGGAUAUCAGUUUUACUCCAUAGUUGUCAGGCCAAUAAAGAACAAGGAAGGAUAUGACUAUAAAGAGAUUGGAACAUAUUCGAGUUCUGGUAAGCUCGAGAUCUCUGAAUAUCUGCCAAACUGGGACAGUAGCUGUAACCGAGACGACUCUUGCACAGAGUGUCCUCAGAUCAGAAAUAGCCGUGCAGCUCGUUACUCCAUUCUGAACCCAACAGCAGGAUCUAGUGACAAACCCCUCACAGUUAUUGGGGUCUUUGACAUUCACAAGCAAGGAAUGGAUCCAUACAGGUGUGGUGACUUGGAAUUCAGUGAUGGAUUUCAGCAAUUUCUUGCUUUCUGGUACACGUUCCAUUUGCCGGAAUUCAGACAGAUUAGAGCAAUAGCCAUUGAUACAUGUUCCAACAGUCUACGACUUGAUCAGGAUCUGUGGAACCUAAUGGCAGGCCGAGGGUUGUGCAGCGAGAUAUUCAGCAAACGAGAUCAAGUAGCACUUUCUAAUAUUGGAGGAGUCAUUGUUAUGAAUGACCGCAAUACACUUGCUGCUGCCAGAGUUCUUGAUCCUUUGAAAGUCACUUACAUCUCCCCUAGUGCACGAUCGGUUCUCUUUAACAACACCGAUGCAUACCCAUAUCUAGCCAGGACGAUAUCCCCUCGUGGGCAACUCCUCAAAGUCUUAGCUGAUAUUUUUGAAAAAACUGGCUGGGACUACGUUAUGGGUAUUGAAUCCUACUGGCAGUUUGAAAAAAGUGGACAGCAAGAGUUUGUAACAUUAUCCACUGGCAAGUCAUGUUUGCGAUCAACUUACAAUCUGCCUGUUAAUCCUACUGAUCAAGAUUUCACAAGUGCCGUCCAAUCUCUAGAAGAUCAAAUGGGAUCGCAUGUGGUCGUUCUCUUUACAACCAAAGAAGACACAAUCAGAAUCAUUAAGGCUGCAGCGAGACGCAACGUACUCGACAAGUUCCUGUGGGUCUUUACUGAUGUGUCUGCCGUUGAUGUCGGCCAAUGGGACUUGCCACCUAAUGUUGCCUUUAAGGCUCUUGUACUCAGCCUGCGAAACACUGAGGUACAGUACUUCAAAGAGUAUGUCGCUGGUCUCGACUACACGCCCACUGGUAAUCUGGCCGGGCAGAAAAUCCCAAAGGAGUGGUUUGAUGAAUAUUAUCAGAAAUUACACAAGUGCAAGCUGAUGGAUACUAAUGUCCCACUCAAAGAAUUUACCACCAUCUGUGACAAAAAUGCAACCAUCUCAGCCUCCGAUGUUCUACAAAACCCAUAUAUCCUGCCCACCAUCGCAGCUGCGUAUGUCAUGGGGAAUGAGCUGAAUUUGUACAAGAAAAGAGAGUGUGGUGCUCGCUCGGUACCCGAUUGUCUGAGUAAAACGGAAGCAAGAGAGACCAUAUUGAGCAAUGUACUGAAAACAACAUGGCCGAACAUGAAGCGAGACAUUGGGAUUGAGCGUACCGAAGAUUUCACUUUUAAAUUCAAUAAUUACAGGUUCUGGGAUAUUGGCUACAACGUGCAGAUCAUUGACGUCAACCCGAAAGAAGGCUCGAAAGUCAGUGUGGUCGGUGAAUGGAAUGGAGAUAAACUUACAAUUAGCGAUGAGGAUCUGCUAAAAACCUUUACCUCAACCUGUCCAGAAAACCAGCUAUGUGGCUGCACCCAACCAGAAUCUGGUGGCCAACAGCAACAGACCGGACCUUCUACUACGACGGGACCUCGAAACUUUUUCCUGUACAGCAGAAACGGGGAACGGAUGUACGAUUGGCCAGUGUGGGCUAUAGCCGUCGCUGUCCUCACCAGCAUCGGAAUCUUCGUCACCAUCAUGAUCCUCAUCUUCCUACUUAUUUUCUACCCCAUCAGAGGAGGAACCACAGUCCUCGGUUUCCUCACUAUUCUUGGAAUCCUUGGCAUCUACGGUGUGAACUUUGCCUUCUUCCUACCAGCAUCAGAAGUGAUCUGUGCUGCAAGGCGUUUGGUCAUGGGUAUCGUCUACAUGAUCGUCUUCGCCUGUCUGCUCGUGAAGGCCGUCGACAACUGGCGCUACAGCGACACUGAGUGGGAAGGCAAGCGUUACAGGGGCAUCACGAGCGCAUGCGCCCUCUUUCUGUGCGCCAUCGGCCUUGUCUGUAUCCAAGCCAUCAUUCCAAUAGAGUGGCUUAUCCUCGUUCGCCCCACUGCCGAGAAAGCUCAGGGCAGCAUCCAUGACCUCUGGUUCUGCCACGCCAUCGACGACACCUACGAUGUCGGUCUCGUGCAGUCCUUUAUAUUUGUGAUGGUGAUCGUGGCCUUGACGGCCAUAGUGGCCAUGCUGUCGUGGGACAGUGAUAACAAUUACUACGAGUCUCGCUGGAUCCUCGUCAGCUGCAUCUGCACGGCCGGCUGCUUCCUCGUCUGGAUGAUCGUGUCCACCAACGCUGGGUAUACGUUCAGAGAUCCCACUGUCGCCAUCGCUAACUUCGUCAAUGCUACGUUGCUGCUGCUGUGUAUACCGCUACGCAAAGCGGUGCUGCUUAUUGUGAUGAGGAAUGAGGAGAAAAAAGAAAAAGAAGCUGAGGUCCCUUAUCGCAAUGGAUAUAAUGACGUGUAUACAAAUGACGCUUACGAUCCCGAUUUCAUCGAAUUCCAGAGACAGGAUUCCAAACAGGAAUCUGAUGCAAAGGCUAUUUCUGGACUGGCAUACACCGGUGCUUACACCCAGAAAACAACCUGUCUGUCGAGGCGAUGUCCCAAAACGAAUAUUGAAACGGGGACGGGUGGCGAUCGUGAAACAAGGAAUUGGUGUCAUUUGGCAUUUGCAGGCACCAUGGACCUCCAGUUAUCUAGUAUAAUUGUUGUCCUCUUGAUAACAAAAAUCUCUGGUCAAGGGACAUUAGUACGGCAGUCUUGUAGUGCCACACAGACAGAGACAGAAAUCCAAGCUGAUGCACAUGCUUUCAUUGGUGGUCUUGUUUCAAUGCAUCAGGAAGGAGCUCAUGGCUAUGGCUGUGGGGAUAUUGAAGGAGAUAUGCAGUCUUAUGAAGCCAUCAGAUGGGCUAUUGAAUUGUUAAAUAAAGAGAAAAUCGAAUAUAAUGGCCAGUUCCUCACAGACACGUAUGUUCCUGGGAUUAAAAUAGGAAUGAAAGUACAAGAUUACUGUGGCAGGUCAUCAACAGCUGCUUACAAAGCAGAGUCAUUUUUUCCUGGAUUGUCGACUGAUUCACUCUCCUGCACAAAUUCUACAGCAAAUCUUACAUUGGGUGUUAUUGGAGCCUAUAAUAGUGGUGCAUCGAAAGAGGUUUCCACAUUUGGUGCAAAAUUUGACAUUCCUGUCAUCUCGUUCUCAGCGACAGCUACCGUGCUGACCAAAUCCCCCGACUUUCCCACUUUUAUGAGAACUGUCCCACCAGAUAGCAAUCUGAUGAAGGUAGUUGUGACCGUGUUGAAGAAGAUAAAAUGGACGUUCGUGGUAGUUGUAUAUACGGACAACACGUACGGCCGAGAGAGUCUAGGUGAGAUUCGACCUCUUCUCAACUCCGCAGGGAUCUGUCUGACCACCGCCAUUCAGACAUCAUCUACAGACGUCCGAGAUGAAACAAUCGAUCCUAUCUUUCUUCAGCUCAGUGACAUGGUGGAUGACAAAACUGAUGACUCUAUAAUGGGUGUUCUCUAUCUAGGAUCGAACGCCGUGGCAAGUGCUCUCCUUAAAAGAGCACCACAUCAUUAUUCAGCCGGCUCGGGCAAAAUACAGUGGGUCUUUACAGAUUCUGUUUCACUGAAUGCAAAUUUCGGCAGCAACAUGUAUCCCCGUGGUAUGCUGGUUGUCGUUCCCGCAUCGCGUUUUAUUGUCGAGUUUGAAGAUCACUGGGUACGAAUAAAUGAAACUGAGUUACGAGCGGAGAAUCCUUGGUUUCAGCAGUGGUAUGAGAAAGAAUAUGGCUGCAGUCUGGCUGGCCCAGCAAAUAAGUGUGUUCUGAGGACCGAAGAAGAGAAGCGUAAGUCGUUCACGCAGGACAGUUUUGUUGAACCAGCGGUGCAUGCCGUGUAUGCGUAUGCUCGUUCAUUGCGAGAUGCGCAGCAGGACAAGUGUGGGGCGGGCUCAUCUGGGGUUUGUGACCAGCUUCUUGGGAUGCAGUCGGACGACUUUCUCAAGAACUACUUGAUGAAGGUGGACUUCACAUACAGCAUGGAUGAGCGAAUCGCCAGCAUGGCCUCCUACGAGUAUGAGCCAUACAAAGCGGCGGCCACUUUGAAGUUCGAUGCCAAUGGCGACAUCGAGGAUCCGAAGUUUGACAUCUGGAACUUCAAUGAUGUGCCCAUCCGGGGAGUGCAAGGUUUUCGCUUUAGAAAAGUUGGUUCCUACGUCAACAACUACCUCGACAUCAAUGUUAACAACAUCCGUAUGUACCAGACUGACCGCACCGUGGCAUUUGUUAACCUCCCAGCAUCGUCCUGCCCCACGACAGGCUGCAAACCUUGCCUUGGUGAUCCCGUCAGCUCUAAGUAUCUCUUCGUCAAUGGUGAUAUCAUCAUCAACGGCAUCUUUACUCUGCACUCGAAAGGUACGUCGCCGUUCAGCUGUGGAUCGUUUGACAUGAGCAGCCGGUCGGGAGCCCAGGCGAUGGAGGCGUUUGUUUACGCUGUGAAGAACGUGAAGACCAAGUUCGGCAACAUCUUGAAUGGUGUGGAACUCGGUGGUCUGGCUUUCGACGACUGCUACAACCCUUCGUACGGGCCGAGUCUGAUAUCACAAGUACAGAAGGGAUCACUGCAAGUUCACGAUCUCCAGGGCAACAUGCUGAAACCACAGUCGGUAGAUGCUUACGUGGCCUCCCACACAUCCACUUUAACUCUCCCGGUGGCAGAUCUGAUGAACACGCUGAAGCAUCCACUCGUAGCUUAUGCCAGUGGCACGACAGUCCUGGAUGACCGAGCCAAGUAUCCGUAUUACGUUCGCGUUCACGAGGGCAUCGCGCUACAGAUACCAACUAUCAUUUAUCUUUUGAAGAAGUAUAAGUGGUAUCAUAUCCAGACGGUUGUUGUGUCAGGUGAUGCAUAUUCAAGGAAUGGCAACGAUGAGCUUAAACGUCUGGGCGCCAAAGAAGGAAUCUGUGUCGUGGCCGAGAAUGAACUGGAUGAUGACAUCGUUUCAAAGCUGCGGAGGAGGAGCUCCGUCAUGCCGGUGGUUAUCAUAGCUCUACAACAGCACAACCGCAGAUUCUUAGAGCGUAUUGCUGCAGACAAUGCUGGGGGCGAGUUUGUAAUCAUUGGAUCUGCCACCUGGGGUGAUUCGAUGAAACUUAUCGAUGGUCUAGAAUCGGUCGCAGAUGGUAUAAUAUCGUUGAAGGGUCGUCGAUAUUUUCCCACCAGUUUUUUGACGUAUUUGACAGCACUUCGUGUUGAUACAAAUAAGAGAAAUCCAUGGUUUGCAGAAUGGUACGAAGCCAUGCAUGACUGCUACAUUGGACCAGACAACCCAAAAGGAUAUGCAAAUAACUGUUCGGAUGUCUCAAAUACCCCAAUCACAUCUGGUAAAAACUUCCAUCUCGACGACUACACAAUGUUUAUCAUCAAUGCAGUCUAUGCUGUUGCAUAUGGUUUGGACAAGACACUUGUGGCUCUUUGUGGACAAAACUAUAACGGAGUUUGUGGAAAUUACAUCAACGCUGCCAACCAGGCGUCAGUACUUAUGGAAAAUAUCCGAAAGGCUACGUUUAACAUUGACGACACUAGCCCGGUGGAGAUGUUCAAGUUCUUUGGUAACAGUGGUGACAUCCCAUAUGAGAUCUACAACUUCAGAAGCAAUGGAAAUAAAUACAUCAAGGUAAUGGAAUACAAAGUCAGCACGAAAGAGUCCAUAGAUAUGCCGGGCACAGAAAUGAAAACAUACGGCGGUGCCUCCCCUGAGUCCAUUAAACCUACUUGUCCUGGCUUCUGUCCGGAGUGUAUGUACAUGUUCCACAGUCAGAAGUACAUGUACAUUAACGGAGACUUGGUUAUUGUUGGCAUAUUUGAUGUCCAUCGGCAAGGCCUCAACCCAUUUGGCUGUGGGUCCCUGCGUGAUGUCAAUGGUUUUCAGUAUACCGAGGCAUUUAAGUUUGCCAUUGAUUACAUCAACAGCGGUAAGUUUCCUAACCUGACGAUGAUCCGCAGUGGAUUCAAGCUUGGUGGUCUUCUUCUCGAUGGCUGCACAUCUCCGGAACGUUCGACCACUGUUGUCAGUAGCCUUCUGGGUGGACUCCUCAAUCUGAAAGCUCCAGACAAUGAGCCAAUCAGAAUAAGAAAAUUCCGUGGCUUCUUCACAUACAACAGCCAGAGUACGAUCAACAUUGCGGAGAUGCUGAGUCCAGUGAGGUUCCCCGUGCUCAGUCCAGCAGCCACGUCGCCGGUCCUCAUGGACAAGACUCGCUUCAACACUCUGUUCCGAACGAUCCCGAGCGACAAGCACAUCGCCCAGGCCAUGGCCAAUCUAGCCAAAGCAAUGGGGUGGAGUCAUGUGAUGACUCUCAACUCUCCAGACACCUCAAGCCGAGACACCCUGAAGGAGUUCCGUAAGCUGAUUGAGGAAGAUAAUACUUGCAUCUUGGCCUCGUUUGAGUUUGUCACUGAUGGAAGUCCAACUCUGAUCAUGCAGUCAAUGGCUCAGGUGAAGACACAAGUGGUUAUGGUGUUCGCAGAACCCGACAUGCACAUUGGUGAACUGCUGGAGGCUAACAAGGCCUUGUCUCCUGGGGUCAAAUUCAUCUACGUUUCAAACCGCUACUGGGACGUUACUGAGAAGUCUCCAGGUCUUAAGGACGUCAUCAGCAAGUCCAUCUUCUUCCAGAUGUCUAAUCCGGUCAUCACAGACUUUAUAAAUCACAUGACAAUGCUGAACCCACAGACAUCAGCGAACCCCUGGCUGGCCGAAUACUACGAGAAGAUCAAGGGUUGCAGUCUGGACGGCAUGACCUCUGGUUUACCCCGCUGUUCUUCUCCUCUCAGGCUGUCUGAUCGUGACUUCAAACAAGACAUCCGAGUGCUGUCCACAAUAAAUGCAGUUUUUGCCCUUGUAAAGGGGAUUGACGAUGCCAUGACUGAGGCUUGUGGAGGAGGCUAUGAUACCUCGUGUAAUACAAAGUUUGAGAGUAUACUGAGCUUCAUAGACUUAGCUCGCUUCAAGGACCUCUCAGACCAGACCUUUGAGUUCAUUGAAAGAGAAGCCAAUAGAGGAUUCAUCAUGAAGCAGUAUAAGAUGGACAAUGGAAACGUCUCACCUCGGGAAAUUGGUACUUACUGGAAUGGUUUGACCAUCACUGACCAGCAGUAUCUGAAGGAUGAGUUUUCCAAGCUCAACAUCAGUGGAACGUGUGGUGAUGAAUGCCGUGAAAUAUGUAUACCAUCCAGCACAAACUUUAAAGACUUUUCCUAUAUUUAUGGAGAUAUAUAUUUAGUUGGUUUGUUUGACAUCCACCGCAAAGGUAAAGACAGCAAUCCAUACGGCUGCAGCGGCAUCAACAACAGACAUGGCUACCAGCUCCUGGAAGCAUUCAACUUCGCUCUCGAGUUUGUCAAUGACAAGAAGGGAAUCUUCAAAGACCUGUUACCAGGCGUUGACAUUGGUGGCAUUGGUCUCGAUGUUUGUCAGAAUCCUCUCCGAGCAGGAAACCUUGUUGCCAAUAUCCACAGCAGAAACAUUAAGCUGCAGCAAGGAACCGUGCGCCCCAAUCCCGACUACUUCGACAUGUAUAUUGGACCAUUUGACUCCGAGUCAGCCAUUAGAGUCGCCGAUGUGCUCACGCCUAUAUCCAUUCCACAGAUUACCUACGGAGCAACGAGUCUGGAGCUUCAGAACCAGUACAAGUACAGAUACUUCCUGAGGUCGGUUCCGGCUGACGACAAGCAAGCCAGAGCGAUCAUCUCCUACCUGAAGAGAUGGGACAUCGAUAAUGUUCAGAUCAUCAGCACCUUCGACAGUGUUGGUGAAAAGGGCAAGGAAGAGUUUAUCCGACUGGCCUAUCUGAACAGAAUCUGUGUUUCUCAGAACAUCACAAUCGGGGAGCAUGGCCCGGUGACAACCGCAGAAGCUCGUGAGACUCUGAAGAUGGUAAAAUCGAAGACUUACGCUAAAGUUGUCAUACUCUUCGUGGAUGAUCCCACACCCAUAUUGGAAGUGGUGGAGACCAGGAAGGAAAUCUAUGAGGGAUACUUCUUCAUUGGUACUGAUAAGUGGGGAUUCGACAAUGAUCUCCUGACAAAGAUACCCAAUUUGAUUAGAAACGAAAAUGCCAUGACCCUCGAUAUUGAGACAGCUGAUGUUCCAGAGUUUGAUGCGUACCUGGAGAACAAAAUGCCUUCAAACUACGAGAGAAACGGCACUUGGUUUAUUGAAGCUUUCCAAGAGGCUCAUCGCUGCUACCUUUUGCAGACGGCAAAGUCUCUGUACCCUCGCGCCUGCAGUGACAAGUCCGAUUUUGGAAUGUCUCGCGCCGACAACUACGUACAAGAUCCUUACGUCCUCUAUGUUGUCAAUGCUGUGUUUUCAGCGGCCAUUGGAAUCCACAACUCCCUUAAGGGACUGUGUGGAAACAACUACUAUGGCAUCUGCUCGCUGUUUCUGACCAGUGGAGAACGCAGAGAGAGGAUAUUCCAUGGAACCCAGGAGGCCAAAUUCACAGACAACACGAAACAGCCAUUUUACUUCACUCCAAGCGGGGAGAGUGACCGAGGUUAUCAUCUGUAUAAACCAGAGAUGCUGCCCAUGACCACAGACUACCAGUAUACAAAUAUUGGCAGUUACAAUGACACACACUUCCUGAAGCUGUGGAUCCAGUACGGGAUCAGCGAGCAGUCCGUGUGUCAGGUGAACGAUGAGUACAAGUGUCCGUGCGUGUUUCCCGAACACAAGCCAUCUCGCUACAUGCUGGUCGACGCACCCUUCAAACAGUUCGACUUGAACCUCGUGUAUGUGGGAGCAAUCCACGACCGCGACCCCGACAACGCGUUCCAGUGUGGCCCCAUAUUCUCCGACUGGCACUUCCAGCAGUUGAUGGCCUUCUUCUACGCCAUUGAGCUCGUCAACAAGGAUCGGAACCUGCCCGGCUCCAUCAAGCUGGGAGGGCUGGCCCUUGACACCUGCAACCAGCCCAUGAGGCUGGGCCAGGACAUGUACAGCCUGCUGAGUGGCACGGCCAUGUGUAACAGUGGCAGUGUGGGGCAGGUGAUCGCACCGAAGACCAUCGUCAGCGUGAUCCCGUUCAGCAGCCACAACUCCAUCCUUCUCAGCGGCAUGCUCUCGCCUCUCAAGGUGACCAUGAUCAGUCCCGCAGCAACGUCCGUGGAGCUGAGCAACAAACACUUCCACCCGUACUUCCUACGCACCGUUCCUCCGGACAACAUCCAGGCUGUGUUGAUGCUCGAAGUGCUCCGAUCCUUUGGCUGGACUUACGCGACAGUCAUGUACUCAGACUCCAUCUAUGGAAGGUCUGCAGUGAAUGCUCUAUUGGGGUCGGCUAACACUCAAGCCACACGCUCUUGCAUUGCCAAUAAGAUCGAGUUAGCUGGAGACCUAACCUUAGCGCAGGCUGAGCGGGCAGUAGAUGUUGUGAGUCAGCAGGUUGGGGCCAAUGUUGUCAUCCUUUUUGUCGAGCCUCAUCAAAUCCGUCUUCUCCUCCAAGCCACGAGAAAUAAGGGUCUCACCGGCCGGUUUGUGUGGCUGGCCAGCGAUUACUGGGGCAGCAGCCAUGCUGUGACCAAGGGUCUUGAAGAAGAGGCUCGGGGAGCGAUCUCCAUCCAGAUCCGGUCGGAAAAUGUCGGGGGCUUCAUUGAAUACAUGAUGUCGCUUACACUAAAGAAUCGGCGCCACAUCCCAGAUGACUGGUUUGAGGAGUUCUACCAGACCAUCCACAACUGUCGUCUGCUCAACUCCAUCGUCACGCGACACUUCCCCAAGAUCUGUUCAGGGCAGGAGCGGAUAACUGCGGACAUGGUGAAGCAGGACAACUACAUCCUGUCAACCAUCAUCUCCGUGUUCAUGGUGGCGUAUGGCCUGAACAACAUCGAGGCUUGUCGCCAGCUCCCCAUCGACGUGUCGGCAUGUCUCGCACUGCAGCAGGACCAACGCCGAGACAUGAUCUUUAACGGGAUCAAGACUGCUCAGUGGGCCGUUCUGCCUGAAGACCUGAAGAACAAUAGCUUCCAGUUCCGUUUCACCGACGAAGGUUACGGUGAUAUCCGAUACAACAUCCUUAACUACUACAGGAAUCCGGAAAUUGACCAGUACGUCUAUCAGCAGAUCGGCUUCUACAAGAAUGGUUUGACACUUCAAAAGGGUCUGUACAAGGGUAUUGGCAACCUGGACAGUGGUGUGUAUCCAACCUCCAAGUGUCCAGCUGGUUCCAGCUGCCAGUGUUUGGCUGCCAACGGUAUCACCCUCAUCCCCUACAUAUCGGAGGGUUCGAUUUUAACCAGUGGCACUAAAAACGUGAUCCGAACCGACUGGUCCUACUUUGACGUCCUCACCGGCAACACGGUCGGCAUCCCCAUGGCUAAGUCUCGCUUCCCACAGAUCUGGGCCCUUGUUGUGGCGACGCUGGCGGGAAUUGGGGUCUUUGUUUCUGUGUGCAUGUUCAUCUACCUGCUGGUUGUGUACCCGGUCCGCGGAGGAACGUCCAUCCUCGGCUUCAUCCUCGCCUUCGGCAUCAUUCUCCUGUAUGCUCUCGUCUUCGCCUUCAUCGCCCACGCUGACGGUCAGAUCUGCGCCUUGAGGCGGUUCUGCCUGGGAAUCGUCUACGCCAUCUGCUACAGCGCCCUCUUCGUGAAGCUGGUCGACUGUUGGAGGGGCCGCCGGAAGGACGAGGUCAAGUACAACAAGCUGGGCAGACCGUGCGGCUUCCUCAUGGUGGUGCUGCUGCUCAUCGGAGUCCAGGUGAUCAUCGCAGUCGAGUGGCUCAUCCUGGUUCCGCCUACCUUUGACCGAGUCCUCUACAACGGCUUCCUGUGGCCGCGGUGCGCGCCCAUCGACGUCUACGACCUGGGUCUCGUGCUAUCGCUCAUCUACGUUAUGAUCCUCAUCGUCCUCUGCGUCAUCUUUGGAUUCGCCACAUUCCGGAAGUCAAAGAACCACCACGAGUCGAGGUGGAUUCUCGGUAUCGCUGUCCUCAGCAUCCCGACGUGGGUGAUCUGGUGCCUGGUGGCCACAAUCGGAGUCCUGAAGGUCCGUGAUGCGGCUGUUGCUAUCGGUCUGCUCAUCAAUGCCACCAUCAUGCUGCUGUGCGGACCGCUGAGGAAACUUUGGCUGCUUUCAAAAUAUCAGGCACUCAUCGAGGAGGAAGAGCUGGAAUAUGAAAAAGAAAAAGUAGGUAAUGAUUACGAGUACGCCUCGACAUACGGCCACCAGUAUGACAACGCACCGCGACUGCAUGAAGGCUCUGUGAGGGGUCACUUCCAGGCCCAUUACGCCUCCUCCUCCCAGCCACACUACAUGGACUCCUCAACAGUCUCUGUACGGAAUACUGGCACCUCGACCUUCACCUCCAGGUCAGUCUCCCAGCCUCAGUCUCCAACAGUGGUUGUGUCUGAGGGACGUGGGUUCGAGUCUCACCACUCUGGAGGUGGUACGGUCUUCAUGAAUGACACCUUUGAGUCUGGGCACUCCGAUGGUGGUAUGGUAGUCCUGUCUGAAGGACGUGGUUUUGAGUCUGAAGGACGUGGUUUUGAGUCUGAAGGACGUGGUUUUGAGUCUGGAGGUGGUACCGUCGUCGUGACAGAAACCUUUGAGCCUGGGCACCCAGGUGGUGUGGUGAUCACGUCUGAAGGACAAGGGUUCGAGUCUCAUCAGUCUGGAGGUGGUACCGUCGUCAUGACAGAAACCUUUGAGCCUGGGCACCCAGGUGGUGUGGUAAUCACAUCUGAAGGACCAGGGUUCGAGUCUCAUCAGUCUGGAGGUGGUACCGUCAUCGUGGAUGAGCCUGGCUACUCGGAAGGUGCUACCGUCUUCACAUCAGGAGGUGGCUUUGAGCCUCAGGGUGAUGAAAUGUCGACAGUGAUUCUGCCGGACGACUCGCACCCUUACGAAGAUCCCGCAGUCUUCAUAUCGAGCAGCUCUGAGCCUUACAACGGGGAGGGUGCCACAAUCUUUGUUGGAGGGGGUUCCCAGUCUUCGCAGGGUGAGGUCGUCAUAGCAAGCUCGUCUCAACCUCACCGGGUUGAUGCCUCUGCAGUUGGUGGAACUGUGCAGAUGGUGGAAGUGACUCCUGGUUCUGGUUAUAACCCGUAUGAAGAUAUCGACAUGAGAGGUUAAGUGAAUUUCCAUUCUACAAGUUUGGCUAGAUGUAUUUGCCCCUGACGAUAAACAAACUUUGAUGAUGAAGAACAUAGACAAGGAUUACAUGGACUUCCAGGACAGACACAGAGAUGUGUUUAGUUUGCUGCAGGCUUGGUUGCAUUUGAAAAAAUGCUUCGUGUUGUCAGUCCAUUACAAGACAAACAUUUUAUUCUCUUAAAACUGCACAACUUGCAGUAUAGACAAAACGUGAACAAAAUUGAGUUUAAAACAGUUUUUCUGUAGUGGUAAUGGACAUAUUACUUGAUUACAAUUAGCUCUGGAGAAUGACCAUCUUGAUGACAUAAAUACACAUGUGUCUGUGUAGUUGACACAAAAGUGACUUUUUACUUAAAUAAAUAAAAAUAAAGUAACAAUAUUGAAGCACACUAAACCUGUGGUAACAAUUCCUUACUUUAACGUAGCUGGUCUCAUAAUUUGGAAAACCGAUUUCAAAACCAUUGCCUAAUUUUGUACAUGUAUUAUUAUAUGUAAUAAAAUGUUUUAAGCCAAACGUCCAAAUGGAUAUAUUUUUGCAUCUAAAUAAAGACCACCUGCUCAUAGCUGACUCAUUUUGUAUAUCACUUGAGUGGUCUUUAUAUACAUGUUUGUGUAUGUGUCUUGUCGUAGGUGAUGUUAAGAUUGGUCAUUACAUAUCUCGUCAUCCAUGACAGUAAAAAUCAUGUGUCGAACCAGAUAACUGUGGGUUCAAUUCUUGGUGACUGUUUUCCUUACAGAAACUAUAAUGUGUUAAAAGGUUUUAGUAUUAUUAGAAAAGAAAGAAAGGAAAUGUUUUAUUUAAUGUCACACCCAAAACAUUUUUAAUUAUGCUUAUAUGGCUUCAGACAUAUGGUUACGGGUCAAACCGAUAAUGAGAGAGAAAACCUGCUGCCUUCAUUCCAUGGGCUACUCUUUUGAAAAGCAGGAAGGGAUUGUUCAUAUGCAACAUCCCACAGUUGGGAUACUACAUACCAUCACCUUUGUUAUACCAGUUAUGGAGCAAUGGUUUAUCUACAAAUAUUAUUAUUAGAAAAGAUUAAUAAACAUUUUAUGUCAUUUGUUUAUUAUGUAAGUAUAAAACUAGUGAAUUAAUAUCUCACAUAUGUUCAUUGGGUAUUAAUAAAAACUAGGUUUAUUGCAACUUAUAAAUUCAGUUUGUUGAAUUGAAAAAAAAUAAAAAAUUAUUUCAUAUUUUAUUUACAUUAUUUAGACAAACAUUUGUUAAGUAACUGUUAUAAGAUUCUUUAUUUGUAUCAAAUCUAUUUCAUAUUUUCACAUUUUCAUGAUUUACUCAUUCAGGUAUCUUUGGUCUUUUCAGGCCAAAUGAAAGCUAUUGGUAUAAAAAGAAGGUUUUUUAAAAAAAGAAAAAAGAUCAGUUUUGUACAUUUGUAUUAAAUAGAUUAUGUAGCCCACUGUAUGUAUUUUCGAUAUAUUACAUUAGUUUAAAAUAUUCACAGAUUUGUUAGUAGAUUGUCUAGUAUAUCCAGGUUUUAUCUUUACUUGUGAAACCUAGUCCAGACUUUAGACUUUAGCAGUGUCAUAUGACUUAAAUUGCAAGGUGUAUUCCAACAAUAUAGCAAGAUUUCACCAAAGACUGUGAGUUUAGACUAGUUUUGUCAGCAUAUAGCCUAGAUAACCAUGCCAAUUUAAAAAAAUUAAAUGGUUGUUUAUUUCAAUGAAAUCCCUCUUCCCCCCCCCCCCCCCCCCAAAAAAAAAAGAAAAGAAAAGAAAGAAGAGUACUUACUAAACUAUUUUUUAUUUCAAUGUGUCCUGUAUUGCAUAGGCCCUAUACAAUGAGUGUGAUGUUAUAAAUAUUAUGUUUAUACUAUUAAUGAAAAAAUAUGUGUAUAUCAGUAAUAUAAGUUCACAUCGCAGUGUUUAUAACGAUUGAUUGGCUGAAAAAUAGAAAGGUAGAUGUUGUGCUUUAGAAAAGAGAAAUCUAUCAAAUUUAUAUACUUGUAUAUAAAGAUAUUUUAUAUAUGUAAUAAAAUUUUAUUAUUUUGUAAA